UGUGGACAGUUAAAAAGAAACUGGAAUGGUCACAAACAAACAAGGUGACGCUUGAACGUGCUACCAAAAGCGAAAUGAAGGGAGGAGCAGACAAGUCAUCGUUUAGAUAAUUUUAAAGAGCUGCACUCCCGCCUGGAGCCCUGAAGGGGGCAGUCUCACAUUGCUGGUGGUUUGGCGUUAAGGCAGCUGCCCGGGCUCCUUCGUAAUCUAGAGUGGAGCCUGGAGCGUGGAAUGGAGAGCCUCGAAUCUUUCCCAAUGGAACUGAGCAGCCUCGCGGCUGAUGGCACGGACGUCCUGGCCUUUCCAUGUGGGCGGCGUGCAGAAAUAAAAAAUAGAGAAGAUGUGAUGUGGUAUUUGAAAACUUCGCAGUUGGCCCUGGCUUUAGCUAUUAUCCGCUCAAAGCCACUAAAUCAAAGCAGCAAAGGAUAUACAGAGCACCUAGCCAAAAUAAUAUCUGGACAGGAUUCCAAAUGGAAAUCUAGAGUUGAUGCAUUAGAAGCUGAAGUUCUUCAUUUAAAACAGCAGCUCCUUUUGAGCAAAAUUUCUUCAGGAUUAUCUUUGGAAAAUAGGAUUCCAGUUGUCAUAGGCAAGACUCUGCUUAUCAACACAGAAGAUUGUUCCGGCCAUCUUGAAGAUUCUGGAUGUGAUGUCUCAAAUGACUUUAUAGGCGAUACACUAGAGAUCUUGUCUACUUCUAGCCAUAGUAAGGGUGAUUGCAACUGUUCUGCACCUCAUGUCAAUCCCCUCGGUGAAACAAUAUUGACUCCUUGUGCUGACAAGAGAAUUUCUUUGGUUGCUCACAUGCGGUUCCUACAAUGUUUCCUUGAACUAAAAAAUGUGACAGAGGCCAGAGGUCUGAGAGCAGAUGUUAAAAAACUUGGAAAUGAUUGCUCUACUAUAUCUGAUUCUGUCUUUCUAUUGCUUGAUGGCCUGGUCACUUUGUGUAGCCUUCCUGAACUUCCUUUUUCAGAUGUUAUGACUCGCGGAGUUUGCAUCCUAGCCCAAUUAUUAAGUGAUGCAGAUCUGUCUAGUCAGAUUCUGGGCAAGUGUUUCAGGAAACUGGAAGACACAAUGAAGAGACUUGUAGCAGUUGUCUUGAACUGCGGCCGUCUUAACAGGUUUCAGGUGCAGGACUCUGUAUCCCAUGCCCUUGUUUUGCUAGGACAAUGCAGUGUAUUAAAGAAAUCCACAGUAUCCCUGCUUUUUGGAGAACUUAGUCGAUUUGCUGAUGAGUUGCAGCAUGCCAGUGAGGUGUGUCUGGUGGAUCGCUGGGGGUCUCUGAGUCGAGCGUGGUUGGAUCUGGAUCUGCUGUCUCCUCCUCAAUUCCGCUGA